AUGGAUAGUUGCGAACUUGAAUUCGAACCAUCAAUUGAGAUAGCUAUUGAGAAUAAUGAAAUAGGAGCGUGUAGGGAGACUAUUAGUAAUUGUGAGAAUAUGGAGAUAUUAGAAGAAUCUAUACAAAAUAUUGAAGAAACUGACGGAGUGAGAUGCAGUAAAAGAACUAGACAGAUUGAUCACGAUGAAAUGUGGACAAAUAUAACGAGGCGGGGUAAACGUUUUGCCCGAACAAGCCAGGUGUCGGAUGAGAUAAGAAUACCUGAAGAUAAAAUAGAAAUUAGUAUAACUUCUGCAGACAAAAUACCAAAACAGUUUGGACUUGCCAAGUUGUUAAAAUUAGAAAACAUCCCGGACAUUAUAAAAAUUAAAUACAUUAACGCAUUCAAAGUUCUUAUCCAAUUUAGUAACGAAGAAAGUGCAAAUAAACUGAUAGAAUCUAAAUAUUUUAAAGAAAAAGGACUGAAAUGUCAAAAAACACUAGAGAUAAAAGAAAGUUAUGGUGUUAUUAAAGAUAUAGACUUAGAUUCAUCGGAGGAAGAAAUACUCGAGGGUUUAACUUGUGAUACUGAGAUAACAGGUAUUAAGAGAUUAAAGCGCCGUAACACAAAUAGUGGCCUGUGGGAACCUGGAGAAUCAGUCAGAAUAACUUUUAAGGGAUCAUCCUUACCUGCCUACGUAUACAUAUUUGAAACUAGGAUAAAAGUUAGUCCUUAUCAAUUUCCCGUAACUCAAUGUUCUCGUUGUUGGAGAUUCGGGCACACAGUCCGAGUUUGUUCAUCUGUUAAAGAGAUCUGUCCUAAAUGUACCCAGUCUCACCCCAAUUGUGACACUGUAAGCUACAAGUGUAACAAUUGCUCUGGUAAACACAUGGCACUGUCUCGUACAUGCCCAAUAUAUUUAAAAGAAAGGAAAAUAAGGGAAUUAAUGGCGGAGUUUAAUUGCACUUACAAAAGAGCUCUAACAGUUUACGUCCCCCCUGAACCAAAUAACGUGCAAAAGUCACAAGGAAGUGUACAAGAUAUGGAAAUAGAACAUCAAGUGUUAAACCAAAGUACAGACACAGAAAAAAGAUCUGCAUCACAAAAUAAAAACACAUAUGCUGACACAGUUAAGACAGUAAAGAAGAAGGCUACUAUAACACAAAAAUACUGUAACAAAAAGGAGAACGCGAAGAAAAAGCAGAAAUCAGAUACGGUGUUUAACUGGACGACUUUGACAGACAGUGAGUCCGAAAUAUCACAUGAAAAUAUAGAAAAAGCAGAUGAAUUAAAUAAGAAAAAGAAUAACAAUAACUGGAAAUUGGUAUGGAUUAAAUUAAAGGAAAUAAUUUGGGAUAGUAAAGCUAGUUUGGAGAAUAAAGUGAUGGAUUCUGUGAAAGUAUUAUUUGAUUGGGUUUCAUCUUUUAUUAUGGAGUUUAUAACAGAAAUGCCUAUUAUGACCAAAAUUAAAAAAUGGAUAACAACAACAGGCACAUAA